GGCCGGCGGCCGCGGCUUUGCAGAGGGCUGCCGCCGCGGCGCCCCGUUCGCGGCGGCGGCGCGAGCUCUAGCGCGCCGGGCGGCGUCAUGGGACAUCGGCGGCCGCGGCGGCUGCGGCGCCUUGGGCUUGGGCGCCGUCGACUUGGCUGCUCGCAGCGUGAGCUGGACUGCGCGUCUCAUGAUGAGGUUUUAUUGGUCGGUCAUGGCUGGGGUCGAGCGAUGCGGGCACGGCUGCGUUGCUGCGUCGUCGAGGGGCUUCACAAUCGCUGGGAGAGUCUGCCACCGCUGCAUCGAGCUAGCGGACUGUAAGACACACUAGCGAGCUGCCGCGGCCUAACAUUGUUACAUUUGCCUGCUGUGAGGGCGCAAUUACUCGCUCGGGACUCGUUUCACUGUCGCUCUUACAAUCCAAACGCGCUGCGCCAGCCGCGAGCCGCCGCGCCGCGCACAAGGCAGGACCCACUCCACACCAGCCGACGGCCGCGCCGCGCCAGCCGCCGCGCGCCCGCCGUCCAGCACCAACCAUCAGGAUGCCGCGCCGCCUCCUCCUGAGGAUACUGACGAUACUCCCGACAAUCAGUGCGUUUUUCGUGGUCCUCGACGGCGAAAAAGAAUGUUUUUUAAUAGAACAGCCCCUGGAUACGCAACUUACGAUUAAAUAUGAACUCCCCGCGAACGAGAAGACGGAAGACAAGCGCGUGAAAGUCACGCUGACGGACCGACGCACAAAAACGCAGAUCUUCAGCAAGGUCGUAAGUGACCACAAAAGCGAACUGUCCAUGGCGACGGGCUCCGAGGCGGCCCACGAUUUGUGUUUGAAGCCCCAGUCGCCCGGGAAGGUACGGGUCAAUCUCGAGAUCGAGAGAGGGCAUGGUCAAAAAUAUUACGCUGAGAUGGCUUCCGAGAACAAGAUGGACCGGCUCCAGGUCGAGGUCGUCAAGCUGAAUGAUGAAUUGGCGGAGAUCCUCAACGAGGCGGACUACAUGAAGGAGAAGGAGGUGCGCUUUCAUAGAAAAGCGGAGCGGAUCAACGUGGCCGCGGUGUGGUGGCCGGUCCUACAGAUCGGCAUCCUGGUGCUUACCGCGGUGCUCCAGGUCCAGUCGCUGAAGAACUACUUCCAGGCUAAGAAUCUGUAUUGAA